UUCACAGAGAGGAGUGUCUCUGGAGUGUGGCCAAACCGGGUUUCUGCUGUUACAAAACCUUUCUUCAUCCCUCUCCCAAACCGUGGGAAUCAGUAAAUGAAUGUGGAUGUAGACAGCGUAAGGCAGGAGGUGCCCAGACCUCCUGCUCCUCCUAUCCGCUGUAGCUGCGCUGCCGCUCGGUCACAUUACAGUGACUGGGUCCGGGCUUCUUGAUCUUCUGUCGCUGGAAGCUGGACCGGGACAAAACUCUACCUCUCGGUGGAAGGGAGCCUUUUGCAGAGGAAAUAGAGGACACAAAAGGGAAAGAGCAGACAGAGACUCAACCCCAAAAACAUGCGGAAGCGACAGCAAUCUCCUGUGCAAACUCCCCUCUUCGUCCCCAGGAAUGUAGGAAAUGAGUCUGAGGUCCUGGACAAAAAGCCUCAGUUCCACCUGGAUCUUUGGUUCUAUUUCACAGUGCAAAACUGGAUCCUGGAUUUUGGACGUCCAAUUGCGAUGAUUGUUCUUCCAGUCGAGUGGUUUCCAUUGAGUAAACCAAGUGUCGGUGAUUAUUUUCACAUGGCCUACAACAUCAUCACACCUUUCCUCCUCCUUAAGCUUAUUGAACGUUCUCCCAAGACACUCCCUAUCUCAGCCGUGUACAUCUGUAUAAUAACGUUCGUUAUGGGAGCAAGCAUUCACCUGGUUGGCGAUUCAGUAAAUCAUCGUCUGAUUUUAAGUGGCUACCAACUCCACUUGUCUGUGCGUGAAAACCCAAUUAUGAAGGACUUGAAACCAGAAACGUUGAUUGACUCGUUUGAGCUGCUGUAUUACUAUGAUGAAUCCUUAGGCCAUUUGAUGUGGUAUGUUCCCUUCUUCAUCAUUUUCAGCUUGUAUUUCACUGGCUGCUUCACUCGCUGUAGCAGAGACAGCAGAAUGCCCCUGUCAGCAUGGCUGCUGCUUGGACCAAGUAGCCUGUACUACUGGUAUCUGGUGACUGAGGGUCAGAUCUUCGUCCUCUAUAUCUUUACCACCUUUGCUAUGAUGGCAACAGUCAUGCACAAGAAACGUAAAGGACUGGUGAUGGACAGUAAUGGCCUAUUCUUGUUCUACUCUUUCUGCAUUGCCCUGGUCCUGAUCUCUGCUUGGGUUGCCUUCCUGUGGAAUGAUAAAAUUCUCCGAAAAAAAUACCCUGGAGUCAUGUACGUUCCAGAGCCCUGGGCGUAUUAUACUCUGCACAUCAAGAAAACACCGUAGCUCCUUUUCUGGGUCAUGCUUCUGAAGAUGCUUUAGUCAACUCUCCAACUCCCCCCCAAGUAACUGAUAGUUGAGUGUUUCUCUCGGGUGCCGUUGUACUCUCCACACUUCAAUUCACAGCGGUUUCAGGUAGGCAUUGGUGAAAAUAGUGGCAGCAUAGUUUGUGCCAAGUGAUGUAAGGCACUCCUAUCCCCACCAGGAGGCAGCUUUGUGCUGCUUUCUAGUUUGCACUGACUGCUGUAUAACUCCAGUUUAGCCCAAGUGCUCUGGGAAAGCCACUGGACCACUCCUCUCCGUCCUCUCACCCCCACCCUUAUCAGGCUCACUCGAAUUUCCAAUGCAGUCUUUCUCAACUCAGGAGAGAGUAGACACAGCCCCUGCUGCAUUUCUGCUAAUGGUAAGUGAGAUAGGAGCAUUUCCAGGCUGGAUAUCACCGAGCACGAGUGGGGCAGUCAGACUCUUGGAUACCUCUUCCAAGCUGGAAGGGUCAAAUGGUCAUUUUUGGUGCUGUGUAAUCCUGUGACUGAGGGUCUCUUGUGAAAUUAAUGCAUUCACGCCAGAAAUUGCUGUUGAUGAUAUUUAGUGACACAGUGCCUAACCUGUUCAACCAUCAUUGUCUCUGCCUGCUGAUGUUACCAAUACAACAGCAUGUUUACUUUAUUAAACUUUAAAGCAGUCAAUGGAAAGGAGAGCAGAGAUAUAUAGCCAGACCUUGACUGUGUGUAAUAGUCUGAAAAGGGAGGUAGUAAUAUUGAUGAAAGUAAAUUUGAGGAGGUAGCAGUUUAGUGGCAUUGUCACAGACAAUCCACAAUUCCAGGCUAAUAAUCUGGAGCAUGGGUUCAAGUCCUACUGUGGCAGAUGUAGAAUUUGAAUUCAAUAGUUUAGAAUGAAGCUGGUCUAAUGACAAUCAUGUCACCCACUCAAUGUGUCAUCUGGUUUUGGGAGGGAAGUCCACCAUCCUGAGCUGGUCUGGCCUCCAUAUGACUCCAGACCCAGAACAGUAAAUCUUUGCUGCCCUUUGUGUGCUUGAGGAUGAACAGUAAAUGCUGACCUAGCCAGGAACACCUUCAUCCUAUGAAUGAAUGUAUGAAGGAAAAAUAUCAGGAGAGCCGACUCUACCACGAUUACACCCAAUAAAGAUUUACCUGAUGUGUUCACUCACUGUAUUGUUGGGCUUGUUUGGAAACUAAUCUAUGUAUUCACAUCUUUACUCUGUUACUAGGAUUUGUUUUUGCACUUUGUGCUGCUUUUUUUCCCCUAAAAAUGUGAACUGCUUGAGAAUGUCAAACCUGCGAUUUAAUACCGAGUAUGCUCCAUGGCAAUCAGAUAAACAAUCAGAACGUUAAACUCUGUUCAUCCGCAAUUCUAAUUGAAUUCUCAGGACCAGAUGCUGAAAGUUGCUAAUCUCCACAAUGGGCUGAGACCUCUCAGGGCCUGUUACACCCAACUAAUCCAUGUCCCAAAAACAAUAAACAGCUGAGACAAAAGUGGAGUUCUUGUCCUGUGUCAAAAUACAAAAUGGGUCCAUCCUUUAUGAUGUAUUAUUUUUUAAAUGUAUCAAAAUGGAAGAUGUGUAUUUAUUUACUGAGCUUCAAACUGGAGCAUGCAAUCCCAGAAAUAGGCCAGAUUGUUUGAGCUGACAUCCAAGCAGAUAAGGAGGAUUUUCUCCUUGGAAAAUUUCAAUGUGUAAUUUUUUGAUGGUAUUGAUUGUGUGAGAGCCACAACGUAUCUGAUUGCUCAUGACUAUGCCAUGCAAUAAUUCUCUAAUUUUAUUUUGUCGGGCAAUUGAAUCUGACUUUGGAGACGCAGAAAUUGAGGACUUCUCUUGAAAUUCCUUACUUCACUUGAAUUGCGAUGCAUUGGAUCGAUUCAGUACCAGCUGUACUUAAAUCUCUUAGCAAGGAGUCGUUACAUGACUGUUACAUAAAAGUAUUCACAAGAUCAAACUGAGAGUAAUUCCUUCUAAAAGAGGAUAUUUAAGUCCUGUGGGCUGAUUCAGUCUUUAAUUUAUCUGUUUAUUUAUAUCUUGAAUUAUUUAUUCUUUGUGCUUUUUACUAAUUUGUCUCACCAAUCAAUAAAUAUAAGCAUUAGUUUUUA